AUGCCUACAGACAAUGCUGAUUUAGGGCAAGAAGACAUCGAUGUCUUUGACAAUGGUCGGGAAUCUUUCGAUAGAUUGAACAAACCUGUGCUGGAUGGAAUCGGAAUUGAAGGCAAUGAUGACGAUGAUGAUGAUUACCUAACAUUAUACAAUAUGACUCCAAGAGAACGUUUGAUGUAUACAUUUAGGAGAUCGAUGUACAAAGCUUUAGACCAUUUUAAUAGUUUACCAAAAUGGCAGCGGUUGCUUAUUAUUUUAUUUGGAGCAUUAGUAAUAGUACUAGGUAUUCUGAUGCUCAUAUUCCAUAAUAAGAUCCUUGACAAAGUCCUAGAGACCUCUAAAGAUUUAAAUGAGCGGUCCUCAACGAACUUCAUUCUACUGGUUCUCCUGUUCUUUGUUGGCUUCCCACCUAUGAUUGGAUAUUCGUUUUUAUCUACUUCCACAGGACUAAUCUAUGGCGUAUCAUUCCAUGGUUGGUUUGUGUUAGCUCUUGGAUCAGUAACUGGUUCAGUGGCAUCAUUCUAUGUUUUCAAGAAUCUCCUCCAUUCCAGAGCCGAGAAAUUAGUUCACAUGAAUAAAAGAUUUGAAGCUUUUGCGUCCAUUCUACAAGAAGAUAACAGUUAUCUAAUGCUUGCACUAUUAAGGCUAUGCCCAUUCCCUUACUCGUUAACUAACGGUGCUAUUGCUGGGAUAUACGGCAUUUCAGUCAAAAACUUCACAAUCGCAAACAUUAUAACAACACCAAAACUAUUAAUAUACUUAUUUAUUGGUGCACGUAUUAAAAAUAUGGCUGAAGAUCACUCCACCAGUUCAAGAAUAUUUGAUCUAGUGAGUAUAUUAAUAACUCUAAUUAUUUUCACAUUGACAGCUUGGCUUCUAUAUUUCAAGACCAAGCAAAGGUACGCUCAGUUAAAAAAUCAAGCAGUUGCACAGAACUCAUCAGCUAAUAGAGAAGUUGAUUUUGAGAUAUAA